GGUUCCAGUCUUCGCCAGAGGAAGAUCUUACCCCUCUUCUCCUCCUCCUCUUCCUCACUCACUCACGCACGCACGCACUCACACCACUCACACGCACGCAUUCACUCGCGCACGCACAUUCAAGUCGAGCAGUUUAUUCGCGUUUGGUGUUGAGUGCAAGAAAGAUAUUGUUUUGAUUAUUGUUGUUAUUGUUAUUAGUUUUGUUAGUUUUCUGUCUGUCUGUCUGUCUGUCUGUGUCUUAGACGUAUUUUGAGAACAAGAAUUUUUGGCUGCAGAUUUUGACAACAGUUGCAGUCAUGCGUGCGUGGAGGUGGUUGGCGGCGGCGGUGGUGGUGUCUGUUGCGGGCAUUGGAGUCACCCCGGCCGAGGCGCAGCGGGGCGGGAGCUCGCGGCUGGCCCAGAUGAUGCAGAGUAUGGCGGAGAACAUGGGCAGCGUGGCCUCCAGGAUCAGCAGCGGCAUGAUCAGAAUCGUAGGAGGCAGCAACAGCAACACCAGGCCACAGCUCUUCCGGGAGGCACCACAAGCAGGACUCCCUUCGCCACAAGUUCGACCGCAGCGCCAGAGAACCCAGCCACGCCCCGUUGAUGCCGGCGAAGGAGCCCCCGCAAAACAAGCCCCCAACGCCCCCAGACCCGUGAGGCAGAGGGUGGAGAAGCCUGUGGGAGGGGGGAAGCGUAGGCGUGUAUCCUUCCGCCAGUUCGUCGAUACCACCAUGGCCGGGAUCGCUAGCUUUAUCCCGAAUCUGCAGCGACGCGUGCAGAACCGACGAAGGCACACCAGGGAACUUGAGGUAAUGGGAGACUCGCCUUGGUGGUCAUCUUCCUCUUCGUCGGGGUAUAGUUCUCCUUCUUCGUCCUCGUCCUCAUCUUUGGUCUCACUCUCUUCCUUCUUCAGUAGUGGCCAGAAACGACGAAGGCGCAGCAGGGAACUCGAGGUAUUGGGAGACUCGCCUUUGUGGUCCUCUUCUCCUUCUUCUUCGUCUGGUUCUUCUACUUCUUCUACUUCUUCGUCUCCUUCAAAUUCCUUCUUCAGUAGUGCUCAGAAACGACGAAGGCACAGCGGGGAACUUGAGGUAUUGGGAGACUCGCCUUGGUGGUCAUCUCCUUCGUCUGGGUAUGGUUCCUCAACUACUUCUACUUCUUCGUCUUCUUCUGCGCCUUCGUUCUCACCCUCUUCCUCCUUCGAUAGUAAAGGUUCAAAGAGAAAGGAUGCAGUUCCGUUGUUCUCUCUAUCACCUCCUUCGUCUUUGUCUUCUCCGCCCUCUAUUGCUUCUAAAAGGGAGGGUGUGUUUCCAGUGCUCUUCCUUCCUUCCUCUUCCUCCUCUUCCCCGUCUUCUUCCUCCUCCUCCUCCUCCUCUUCCCCGUCCUCCUCCUCCUCCUCCUCCUUCUUCAGUAGUAAGAGGUCUAAGAGGGAAAGUGUUUAUCCAUCUCACUCUCAUCACUCCUCUUCUUCUUCCCCUUCCUCAUCUUCCUCUAACGCCAUUCAUGUCACUGUCAAUGUGUUUCAAGGGCAAGGAGGAGGAGGAGGAGGAGGAGGAGGAGGAGGAGGAGGUCAUGAAGGAGGAGGAGGAGGAGAUUAUGACCCUCCUCAAGACAGCCUUACGGUCAGUCAUUAUCCUGACCACACCGUUGACCUGACGCACCACUACCCUGACGGAGGCACUGACGGAGGACCUGUGAGUCUACCACCCCCUGCGGACUAUGCCCCGCCCCGUCCAAUCCCCGUGGCACCCAUAGAAGACGCCCCUUGGCCCCAGCUCUCCUCCUUCCCAUCCUUCCAGCCCCCAAACUUCCCCAGCUUCAACGACUUCCUCGGUGACGUGCAGGCAACCCCGAGCUGGCAGGGUGACGCUAGUGGGACGGCAGGGACCUCUGGCUACACCCCUGCCACUCCAGACGCCCCUGAUGGCCCUUACCCACCCGUAGAAGCCCCAGACGACCAACCUACCUAUACCAACCGACCCUCUGUUACCCAAGACUAUUAUGAGAUCGAGAAAGUGAAGGGAGAAGGAGGUGGCGCUAAUCUAACCCCACAGCUGGAUAACGGGUAUAGCGGGGUUCCCAAGGGCCAAGGCUGGGUCCACGGGAGUUCUUACACUACUGAGGGAGGUUAUACGGGGGAAGGGCAGUCAGGGAGCAUCAGGGGGCAGACUAAGGGUCCAAAAAGGGGGAGUUCGACCCAUGGGAGUUCUUAUACAUCCGUGGGAGAUUACGAAGGGGAGGUAGGGUAUGAGGCCCCCGGAGGUUCCUAUAGUACUGGGGAGAGAUACGAGAUUGAGAAACCGCAGGGGAGCAGUCUAGUCACACGCUUUGCCCCCACCAGGAGUAAAGGGGAGAGGGGGGAAGGGGUGAAGGGUGAGGGCGGGGCAGCAUGUGGGGUGAGGUGUCUCUGGGAU